UCUGGACUUAUGCUUAAAACGGGGUCUCAGAUUCCUCCAACCGAGAUAGGAAUGCACUCAAUGCUGCAAUGCAUUAGUUGAGGCCAAGGAACAAAUGCUCUGUAUUAUCCCCAGCUGUUGUGAUGAGUGGCCAUCACAUCAUCGCAAGUCCUCACCUAUAUAUGUCUGCUUCACAGCUUUGGAGCACAUCGCUCAGGAUAUCCUUACCACACAACUUCAACUUUUUGAAUCUAUUAAACUCCCAAGCUCGACACUGGCAGAAUAACAUUAUCUACCUCCAAUUGACCCAGCGCUUCAUAAUGGCCUUCAGCACAUCCUCAAAAAACAGCACAUAUGCUGUCGACACCGUCAAAAAGUUCUCAGCAUGCUGAUGGCAAAACCUGCAUGCAUUCAUCCCCAUUCUCUAUAUGUCUAUCUCCUUAAGGAGUAGUCUAAUAAUCCAUACAGUUCUUAUCACCGGUCCGAGCGAGUAAGCCUUGGUGCAGAAAUAGCUCUUUCCAUAGCUUCAUCAUCUAAACCUUCAAUGAGUAUCAUCGCCGCUCGCGGCAAGGCGAGAAUCAUGUCCGUUAUAUUCCUCAUCCGUAAAAUGAAUCCCGAAAUCGAUGUCGUCUGGAUCCCGUUAAAUUUGCUCGAUAAUGGGUCUGUCCGCGCUGCGGCAGAUGCUAUCAAGCAGCUGAAGACAGAUAAAAUACAUUUCGUUAUCAAUAAUGCGGGAGCAAUAGCAGUGCGAGGUUACACAACCUCGAAGCAGGGUAUCGAGAGCCAAUUCGCCACGAACUAUCUAGGCCACUUCUUACUAACCAAUCUGUUGAUGGAUCGCAUUCUUGCAACAAGAGAAGAGGGGGCAAUAAUCAUUAAUGUGGGAAGCUUGGGGUAUGAAUUAGGUGAGGCGAACCUUGAUGAUAUUAACUUUGAGGUAUGUAUGUGGACAUGUAUCUUCCAUCUCGAUAACCCUCAGCUAAAAGAUCUCUGUCAUAGGAAGGGAAACCGUACAAUCCUUGGAAGGGAUUUAGACAAUCCAAGACCGCGAUGCUACUCUGGAACACUGCUCUGGGCCAAAGAAUGGCCAAUAAAGGUGUUCCAACACUUGUCGUACACCCAGGAAGUGAGCCAUUUGCGACGAUGUGGUGGAAGAGCUGACCAUUUUCGAGCCACGCUAGAAACGAAGCUUCUCGAAAACUCUAGAGUUGACCAAGAGCUCCUUGCAUAGGCGUAACAUCUUGCCAUCGAGAGAAAUGAUGGUACGUAGCCUAACCGGUAUUCAUCUCAGCAUCUGACAUUAUAAUAUAGGCAAACCUCUCCGCCCUCAGAAUAUGGUGACGAGGCAAGAAGCAGCUGGCGCUGUUAUUCUUGUCGCACUCAAUCCCCGCUUCAGAGGUAAGCUUCAGUAUUAAUCAACGACGCUUUUGCUGAUUGAAGAAUUUAGGGUCAUUCCCAGCAUUUAUAGUUGACCAAAAAAUAUACACAGAAACUAAGAGCUACGCGAUUAGCGAAGAAGGUGCUGAAAAAUUAUGGAAACUGAGCAAAGAACUUGUUGGAGAACGAUUCGAGUUCUAGAAAAUAGCACAAGGGAUCCGGAAGUGCUUGGAUGAAUAAUAUGCACUAGCAUAGCGGGAAAUGCGCAUAUCAAGUAUCGAAAUUUUCUAGGCAUCAAUUGAAUUGAA